UAAAUGCGUAAGAUAAAAGGACCGAAACCAAGCUUCCUUUCGCAAGACGCAAACACUCCGCUGCGUUCACUUUAGUAAACUAAAUAUAAAAUAAAAUCGAAUGACAUACUAGCGGACUUUAAAGUUUUCCCAAACUUCCCCGAGAGACUUUUGUCCUGCUCACCGGACGAGCUAGGCAGCUGUCGUGCUAGCUGCUCAAGGGUAGCCGUUUUAGGAUAUUGCUUCGUGUUGUUAACUUUGAAUUUCCAGUUCUGUGUGCUAAUACCGAACUUCAACAUCUUCGUCGUCAUUAUGGGAUCCCGAGCGUCCACGUUACUCCGCGAGGAGGAAAUUGAAGAAAUCAAGAAAGAAACGGGCUUCUCGCACAGCCAGAUCACUCGACUGUACAGCCGCUUCACCAGCCUGGACAAAGGGGAGAAUGGCACCCUCAGUCGAGAAGACUUCCAGAGGAUUCCUGAGUUGGCCAUCAAUCCUUUGGGUGACCGCAUCAUCAACGCUUUCUUCCCGGAAGGAGAGGACCAGGUGAACUUCCGAGGCUUCAUGCGCACACUGGCCCACUUCCGGCCCAUCGAGGAUAGCGAGAAGAGCAAGUACGCCCCUGGCGAGCCGCUCAACAGCAGAACCAACAAGCUGCUGUUUGCUUUCCGUCUUUACGACCUGGACAGAGACAACAAUAUCUCGCGGGAUGAGCUGCUCCAGGUGUUGAGGAUGAUGGUGGGUGUGAACAUCUCGAACGAACAGCUCGGGAGCAUCGCCGACAGAACCAUCCAGGAGGCCGACACAAACGGAGACGGCUCCAUUUCCUUCAACGAGUUCAUCAAGGUGCUGGAGAAGGUGGAUGUGGAACAGAAAAUGAGCAUCCGCUUCCUGCACUGAUGACUUUUCUUUUAGGAACUCAUCAUCACGUCCGGACAUGUAGUUUUAUUCCGUUUCCUCCCGUCAGUGUCAAAAGUAGGCGACUGUGGUCCUCGCCUCUUGUAGAAAUGCGCAUGUGCCUUGAUUUUUAAUUUUUUUUGUCUAUUUGUUGUUCUUUUGAUCUCUUAAACAUGCAAUUUCUUUUGUCUCACUGGUGAGCGCUGCCUAAUUUUCAAGCAUGAGGACCACAGUUGCUGCUGCUGUUCACACUCAUUUGAGAGUACUAAAGGUGUGUGUGUGUGUGUGUGGGAGGAGGGGGGGGGGCGGUGGUAAUGCAUCUUUCUGAAGAAGACAAAUUAUGACAUUUUUACAAGUCGUAAUGCAGCAUUUCAUCACCUCUUUGUUGUGGUGCAAGGAUGUCACUGGAUUAUCAAAUGUGGACCAGCUGAGGUAACAUGCAAUGUAUUUUUAUUUAAAGUAGUCUUUGUAUUAGAACUAGUAUGCAUGAUCAUGAUGCGCAGCAUUUGACUAACUGUUCUACUAAAAUCAGAAUUGUCCUUCCUACGUAGAGGCUAUUAUGAUAAAAAUAGUGAAUAGUUCAAAAGCCUAGUGUGUUAUGGGGAAAUCGAAGCAAAAAGAAAAUAAUAAUCUGAUAUAUUACAGCUGAUAUAAAUUUAUUUGUGCAAUAAAAUGAGGUGCCAUA